CUUUGGACAGAUUAAGCACCAUUUAUUUCCUGCACUCAAUAGGAUCUUAAAAACAACGUCUGUCGACAACAGAUGUCAGGGUUGCCGGGGAGCUGCUUUUAAUACCAACUACUUGAACCUAUAUUCAAUCAUCUAAAAAUAAUUUCAAGCGAAGUUGUCGAUUUUGAUGACCCAGUGCUUGCAGAUCAUCAAUGAUAGUUAGCAAGCAUCUAGCUAGCUAGCUAGCAACAGCAGAGGAAACGUAACUGGUGUGCUAAAGUAAUAUUUGUUCGUAUAGUAGUCAUGUCUGGACCAAAUGGUGAUCCAAAUAUCUCCGCAGAAAAUGGGAUUAUUGACGACGAGGACGAAUUUGGCGAGGAGGAGUACGCUGCCAUAAACUCCAUGCUGGAUCAGAUCAACUCCUACUUGGAUGACCUGGAGGAAAGGAACGAUGCACUUAAUGGAAAACUGCAUGAACUGCUGGAGUCAAACCGACAAGCUCGCCAGGAGUUCAGGGCCCAACUUCUUGAAUCCCAAAAACAAGAGGGGCAGUCCAUCCAGGGGGAGAACCAGUCCGCAGAGCUGUCAGCCUCUCCCGCCAGCAAGGAAGACCAAAAUGCAGAUAGGGAGGGCUCACAAAUUAGUGACCAAAAGACAUAGAUCUUAGUGUAAAGACAAAAAAAGUGGUUUCAACUCAUACUCUAUGCUGAACAAGCUAUAAUUAGUUAAUAGCCGUCACCUAUGAGAUGUGCUUCAAUGUUUUCCCAGAUUAGAAUCCAUCUUUUCCUCUUUGGAUAAUUUUUGACACAUUGGUACUCGUUUCCUGGUCAGAUUUUUACUGACCUUACCAUCAUUUGCUUUGGAAAAAGUUCCCUGCUAUGUAAUUAUUGUGUGCAAAAUGCAAAUACAAAUAUUCCAGAUGUUUGUGAAGUGUUGGAUUCUGUCAUCAUGUUAGUCCAGAUUGUGCUAUUUAGUUUAUUUUUUUGUCUAGUUUCGGGCUAAUGCCCAAAUUUCAAAUGUGUAUUUUAAGUGAUCAAAAUAAAUGUCAAAAAAAUUGUUAGAGGUUUUAAAAUAAAGGAAGAUAAAUUAC